CCCUUGAUCUGGUGAACCUGUCAACGACGUCCGCAUUCGAUGUGCUUCGGCUGGAAUAAGGAAGCUGCCGUUUUUUUUAAUAAGUCUUUAGUCUUUCUUUGAGAUGCUUAUGUGAGGUUUCCUCAACUUUAGAUUUCGGGAUGCUACUCCCCAACUAAGCGGUUAACUAGCGGGUAGCGGGUGACCCUUUGCGCGGUUAGACUCAGUGAAGCAGUCAAUGACUCACUAUCAGAAUACCUUGUUUAAUUUUUCUAUCUUUGAAUCUGAGCCGUAAUAAUCUGGCCUCGCAAUAAUUGACGGUGGCUUCUUGUCCUGACCUGCAGAUUUGCCCGGCUAGACAAACUAUAGAUUUUAUGGUGCUUUUUCUCUAUGGGUUAAUUACCACGAUCAAUGAUCCGAACACGAUGGCCUUUUUUCUUGUUGUGUUGAUAACUAUGCUUGAUUUGAUGAUGUCCGAGCAACCAAGUGCUUGUCAUUGUAUCAACACCGAGCACGCAUCGUAGUGGCCCUAUGUGAUGCAGCCGAUUGUUCGAACGUGCCAUUUUGCGGAGAAACAUGUGUUUUAACUGAGAUCGAUAUUUUCUUUCUUAGUCCCUCACUUUUUCACUGAAAUAGUAUUUGAUUGUAUCUUUUAUAUAAUUGAUAUCAUUGGAAUUUCAAUAUGAUUGCUAUUUUAUUAAAAUAUCAUUACGAUUUCAUGUGAUCAGUGGAGACUUUCCUUUCAUGCAACACAGAGACAUUUGAGGGGCUAUGGUAAAAAGAGCAUGACUUAUGACUGGUUGGUUAUAUGAAACAACACCAACGGUGAGGCGUGUUUUUAAAAAAAAAAAUGCACGGGGCGGGUUGGUGUCUCAUCCAGUACGCACAUUUUUAGUCCGAUGGCUAGUAUUUUAGUUUCAUGUUUGGUUUUACAUGUAGUAUUUACCUAACCUUUCCUAUUUGGACCGGCAAGAUGCAGCGUAGCAAACACGCCGGCUGACUUGUUUACAACAUGCUAUGUAUCAGAUGUGGUGCAGGAUUUGUAUUGGACUCCAUUUAAGUUAUGUGAAAAGGUGCAGGAUUUGUAUUGGACUCCAUUUAAGUUAUGUGAAAAAAUAAUUCUUACUCAACUUGGUCUAGGCCACCUAUGAAACCAAGUACCUGCAGGCCCUACACGUGCAGUGCAUGAACGUGAUUCUUUUCUUCAAUAUGACCAAAAUUUCAAAGAACAAGAAAUAUUCAUCUCGUCGGUUCAGAUCACCACAUUAUUUGAGGCCCUCCAGCCAUUGCAGUUUCAAGAGAGUUGCUAGCCAGGAGUCAACAUUGCCAGCAACUGAGAAAUGUGCAUGGACAGACGCCGUCUGUCCGGUUUGCAUCGAAUGCCCGCACAAUGCUGUCCUUCUACUCUGUUCGUCUCAUGACAACGGCUGCCGUCCAUAUGUAUGUGGGACCAACUUCCACCACUCAAAUUGUCUUGACCAGCUUAUACAGUCACGCACAAGCCCAGGAAGCAGCAAUGACCCGAGCUCAAUAGAGCUGACAUGCCCCCUUUGUCGUGGUGAGGUUAAGGGGUAUACACUGGUUGAGCCUGCCCGGGAACAGCUGAACCGAAACAGGAGGAGCUGCAUGCAAGAUGGCUGCUCGUACGUUGGUUCAUACAGUGAGCUCUGCAAGCAUGCACGGCAGAAGCAUCCUUCGGCAAAGCCUCGGGAGUUGGACCCGCUACAAACUUACAGAUGGAGGCGAGUGUUAUUUAGAAGUACCUUGCAAGAUAUGAUCAGUGCGGCAAAUUCUUCAAGGGUCCAAGGAUUAUUGUCUGCCAUGUUGCUAUUUGAGGAGCUUAUGUCAUCUGGUUGGCGUGGACACGAUGAGCACAUUGGUGCCAUCAAUGAUAGUUCGGUGGAAACGGCUGGUAUGGACAUGGCGUGCCUCUGAACCUCUUGCUAAAAAUGUCAGAAUUGUGCUGCCAUGCCUUUUACCCUUGCCGCAUAGACCCUGCAGGACUCCAUGCUUGACCCCUUCAGAUCCAUGAGUUGAGACCUGACAGAGUAGCAUGGCCGUGGAUCUGUUCUCUGGGAGUAUUAGUAGCUAUCUUCAGAAGAAACAGAAGGCCGUGACAAAGUGGUGGAAUGGCUUGAGGGUUGUUUUCUGGAAGGGACAAUACGCAUCAGCCUUUAUUUCUGGUGUGAUGCACUGCUCUUGUGCAUGCCUGUUGCAUUGUAAGGACAUAACAGUUUCUUAUUUUCUUCUGAAAUGUGCGAUUCGACCUGACAGGAUAUUUCGCCUGACACAGGAUGAGUCACUUGUCUGGGAGUGUACCAUGUCUGUAAACUAAGAAAAACAAAAGCAUCGGUCCUUCUGUUCUAGACUAUUUGAGUUAUUGCUUUUGGUCAUAGUAGCUGAAUACGUUAAUUUCUCGC